AUGGCCACCGUCCGCAAUCGGCUCCCAACACUAUUUGAGGUCCUGAGCCGAAGGACCUUACCGCCAGUUGAUUUAUUCUCCUUCUAUAUAUAUAUGCGAGACCAACAGAGAUCCGUUGAUUACCUUGACUUUUGGCUUGAUGUUGCCCAACAUAUAUCGCUUUGCCGUCACUAUGUGCGCGAGUUGCGCCGUAGUGUCCUCGUCUCUACCCCCGACCUUGACAAGAAUGGUAGUCACCGGUCUUCGCAGAUGCUCGAUGUCCCCGAUGACCAUGAGUAUGAGCUCAAGAAUGAUGAUCAGCGCCUCUCAGCCUUUCUUCGCUCCGAAAACACAUCUACCGGGGAUCCUACACCACGUCGCUCGAUGGGAGAUACCUUAGAGACAAGAGAGGCAUCUGGUCGCCCUUCUUUUAUGUCUUCCUCAGCUCUUGAUCCAAAUGGGACGGACUCAGACUCCCCUAGGAUAGGCGUCUCACGCUCGGAUAUACGUGCAUCUGCCGAAAAGAUUCUAUACACCUAUCUUCUUGAAGGCUCCGAAAGGGAAAUUGUGUUACCCGAGGUGAUCACCCGAAGCAUUGCCAACGCUAUAGAAGUUGACGGCCGAGACGAUCCUGAGGUUUUCGACGAGGCAAAGGAUUACGUGUUCCAAGCAAUGGAGAGAGAUGCGUUUCCUCGCUUCCUUGCAGCAAAGGCUCUUGGCAACUUGGUUCCUGGUAGUGGCAUUCUGAGAUUGAUUGUUGGGCUGUUGGCGAUGUUUGGUGGUUUUUGGGCGGGGUUUGCUCUAAUAUUUUUAGACAUUCAGCCAAGAGAGACACGACUAUGGCUUAUUCUGCCGUUUGCCGUGGGGGUAUAUUGUCUUAUGGCACAGCAGUACUCGCUAGACCCGAUAAUGGGGUUAAUGGGUAUUAGCGAAUAUACUUUCAUGUCUUUCAUGAAAGUACGAGAGCCAUAUGUGAGAAAGUUGUUAAGCAAAAGAUCAGUUGGUAUCUUACUAAUGACUUUCGUGAUCGUUACUGCUUUAACGUGUCUUUAUGUCUUCGUGCCUGGGCACCGAUUAUGA